UCAAUAGAACCAAACUUAAUCACUUACGCAAAAGGCGUUGUAAAGGUCCGUGGUGACAAAGACCGUGAGCCAGAAACCGAUGGAGAAGGAAUAAAAAUAAUUUCAGCACCGUCGGGUCUGACUGGGACUGUAAUUUACAGAUGAAGGAAGCUCAUAGGGUUGUCUCGAAUCUCGAUACUAGAAGAACAGGAUUUGGUCGUCGCCAUCUGUGGACUUGGAACGAGUUUACAGGCCGUGGAAAUUAUUCACGUUAAGAUUGGGCAACUGGCAGAAUUUUCCGUUUGAAUCGUCUGUAGUGUAGAUUAGGAGAGCGAGGGAGCCGCCAUGGCCAUCGAAUCAUUGACUCUCCUUAUCGGAAUAUGAAGAGGAACUGCAUGGUCCUGGAUCUAUAUGAAUAUACAGCAACUAGUCACCAUUUACGCAUUGUGUAUGCUUGUCUCCCUUGUGUCAUUUUCUGUUAAACUGUAACCACAUUUGGGAAAUCUGGAGAGGCCAGAUUCAUGACUAUUUUAGUCUAAGACCUGUCUCCAAGGCCUACCAACUAAAGGAAAACGAGCAAUCAAAGGAAGAUAGGAUGCUUUGAAUGACUGUUGGUGGACAAGAAAGGAUAGACUGAGAGGACAAAAGAACGACGGGAAAGGCUCGUGGACAGAGGAGUUUAUAUAUAUAUAUUAAUCCUAUUGUGAUCAAUAAAACAUUCAGACUAAAGAACUGUCAUAUUUUGGAUGCAAAGGUUUGGAAAGGAAAACCUAUCAAGACAUCUAACUUGUUACAGGCACGUAGUCUACAGUAUUUGAUUCGGGGAUUGGCUCAUGUCUGGUCGGCCCAGAACCACCUCCUUCGCGGAGAGCUGCAAACCAGCGCCGCAACCCUCGGCUUUUGGCUCUAUGAAAGUCAGCAGGGACAAAGAUGGGAGUAAGGUGACAACAGUGGUAGCCACUCCAGGGCAAGGGUCUGACAGGCCGCAGGAGGUCAGCUACACAGACACUAAGGUGAUUGGGAACGGCUCGUUUGGCGUGGUCUACCAGGCCAAACUGUGUGACUCUGGAGAGCUGGUGGCCAUCAAGAAGGUUCUGCAGGACAAGAGGUUCAAGAAUCGUGAGCUGCAGAUCAUGAGGAAGCUGGACCACUGCAACAUUGUACGCCUGCGCUACUUCUUCUACUCCAGUGGAGACAAGAAGGACGAGGUCUAUCUCAACCUGGUACUGGACUAUGUUCCUGAAACGGUCUAUAGAGUGGCCAGGCACUACAGCCGAGCCAAACAGACCCUGCCCAUGGUCUAUGUCAAGUUGUAUAUGUAUCAGCUGUUCAGGAGUUUGGCCUACAUCCACUCCUUUGGGAUCUGCCAUCGAGACAUCAAGCCCCAGAACCUCCUGCUGGACCCAGAGACAGCCGUGCUCAAACUUUGUGACUUCGGCAGUGCUAAGCAGCUGGUACGUGGAGAGCCCAAUGUGUCCUACAUCUGCUCCCGCUACUACAGAGCUCCCGAGCUCAUCUUCGGUGCCACCGACUACACGUCCAGCAUAGAUGUGUGGUCAGCUGGCUGUGUGCUAGCAGAGCUGUUGCUAGGGCAACCCAUUUUCCCCGGUGACAGUGGAGUAGAUCAGCUGGUGGAGAUCAUUAAGGUUCUGGGGACCCCGACACGGGAGCAGAUCCGAGAGAUGAACCCCAACUACACUGAGUUUAAAUUCCCGCAGAUUAAGGCCCACCCAUGGACUAAGGUGAGUCAACAGGUGUUCCGGCCGCGUACACCGCCUGAGGCCAUAGCCCUGUGCUCUCGUCUGCUGGAGUACACGCCCACCUCCCGCCUCACCCCCCUGGAGGCGUGUGCUCACUCGUUCUUUGACGAGCUGAGGGACCCCAACGUCAAGCUGCCCAAUGGCCGAGAAAAACCCUCCCUGUUCAACUUCAUUACCCAGGAGUUAUCCAGUAAUCCCUCACUGGCUAACAUCCUAAUCCCCGCCCACGCCCGGUCCCAGGCCACUGCCUCAACCCCAACCAACUCCAACGUCACAACAGAUGGUAACAGCACAGAACAUGGCCCGAGCACCACCAGCGCCUCAGCCUCCGCUUCCAACUCCACCUCCUGAACCCCCCAUGCUGACCCCCUCCAUCCUCUGCGCCCGUCACCCCAGCCAGGGGUGUGCCCAGAUUCCAGUGGAGGGAUGAUGACUUGGCAGGGUUUAAAAUGGAUGACAACAACAGAAACACCACCACAGACUCAGCCCUCCAUGUCGGCCAUCUUGGUGUUUGAUUUCUGCCAGCUCCUCCACUGAGGAGGUUUUUCUGGUCUGUCGUAGGGAGGGAGUGGUGAGGUGGAUGCUGAUGAAAUAUCAGAGUAUUCAUAUAUAAAUGUCCUUGUAUACACAAUACUAGCCUGCUACUGUUUCCAAGAGGACGAUAUAUAUCCAAGUUAUUAAGUGAUUCUGUUCCCUGCCCCAAUGGAAGCCCCACCCCGCUCACAUUAUGGAUCAGAAUCUGUCCUGCCCUCUCCUCCCCCCAACUCCUCAUGUCUUCCCCUCUGACCCCUGGUUGGGAUGGCCACCCCGUCUCCUCCCGUAGUGCAUGGCCUGAAUAUGGUUAGGAGCCCCCAGAGCGACCUUUCACCCCUGCGUUGACCUUCACAGUUCUGCUAGAUAGGCAUAAGGCACAGACGCGUUCUUACAAACACACACCGAUGCAUGGAAGUCCUGAUGUAUGUGGACACGGACAGUCCUGUCAGAAAGGGGAUUUCGGAUGAUCUUAGCCGUUUGCUACUAGUUUUAUUCUGUUUUCAAUUAGGUUUUCUACUCCCUGGGCUCAGGACGGGGUGGGCCAUUUAGAUGGAUAUGUGAGAUGUAUGUGACCUCUCGGUUUCUGUGUGGUUGUUCAAACACAGUUUAUAUAUUACUUUAUGUACAAAAAUAUAUAUAGAUAUAUGUAUAUGAAACUUCAGUAUGGUUCAUAAUCCAUGCCAGUUUGUUUUUUGACUCACGGAGCAGUGGCAAUAUUUGCUGCUGCCUAGCAACAGGACGCAGACUCCAGGUGUAGUGAUCUCUGGGAAAGCCUUUUUCUUCGGCGGUCACUUCCUUGUGUUUCCCUGUGUUAUUAUUGGUAUGUUAAUGCUGUGGACAGGACUAGAUUUUCUGUCCCUCCUCACCCUCUUUAUAUUUAGCUCUAUCAAAUGGCUGCGGUAGUGCAGUCAGGUUGUAGGACAUUUGAUUUGGUUGGUCUUCCCCACACCCAUUUAGUUUUUCAGACAGAAUUUCAAAGUCAUGUUUCUUUUUUAAAAACAUGUUUGUUGUUCCUGGCUGGACUAUAGGGAGUGUUAUCACCCAGGCCUGUCACUUCUGGACCUCUUAUUGUCACCACUAAUCCAGUGUUAGUUUAAUCUUAAUAUAAUGUUGGACCAACAUUCGUUUAACAUUAGUCCAGCAUUGUUGUGUUUAUAUGUCUCUUGAUUUGGACCACACACAAAUCUUUCUGGUACUCUGAGUAGAGCUUUUUCUUUUCUUUUUUACUUCUGCAGACGUAUUCACAGAGGUUAAAUGACAACAAACUACACAGCAUGUAUAUAGACAGCUCAUAUGCUCCUCACCAAAUCCUGACUUAUGUAUGUUGUUGGUUUUUUUAUGGUUUAAUUGUAUGGUUUUAUGUUGUCAUCUUGGUAUGUAUAUAUGCAGACCCAUGUACUGUUUUUGAGCAAAAACAAAGAUAUAGAGGGAGGAAAGAAAUGAAGAAAAAAUCAGGGCAAAAAUGAGUUAUUUGUUGGAUAUUGUAGAUGAUGAUCAGCCUUUAUCAAGCAGCCAUAUUGUUCAGUCUUUACCUGUACAGUAUAGAAGAUGACAGCUGUAUUAUGGUAACAAUAACUAGUCAUGUAUAGUGAAUCAAUAGUUUGGAGUGCCUUUGCUUUCAUACAGCUUUGCCUUGCCCCCCCCCCACCCUGUACUUUCUAUUUACCUGUUGUUCCCCUCAAGUCACCACUUCAGUACAGAGAUUUACCAAUGUCUGUUCAACAUUACCAAUGUCUGUUCAACAUUACCAAUGUCUGUUCAACAUUACCAAUGUCUGUUCAACAUUACCAAUGUCUGUUCAACAUUAGCAUUUCUCUUUCUGUGUAUGUAAACAUUCUCAUGUGUGUUUUUACAUCACCUUCAUGCCCUUUGCCCUCAUUUUAAGUAUUUGAAUGACGAACAGGUCUGUUUUUAAAACGUCUUUUUCAAGGUUAUUGUCCUGACUUGAAGAAAAUCCUACUUGUUUUUGUGGUUCCUUUUUAUGGUUUCAUUAAGGUGCACAAUCUUCUACACAUAUACACACACUGACACACCUACAGUGGACACCUGUGGAGACGAACCCCGGGGUAUGUGGGUACACAGAGGACACAGAGUUCUGGGUAUCCCUUUUAAGCCAUUAAGGCGGUUGAUGAUAUCGAUUUUGUGACACGCUGUCCUCAGAGGCAAUGCAGUACAUUGUGUCUUAUUGUCUACACAUGUGGUUCUCAAACCUCUCCUCAGGGACCUGCAAACGUCUCACGUUGUGUGUCGUAGGUCUGAACAACAAGUCCAACCUGGUCUCCUAUUCAAGGGCUUGACGAUUUGAUUUGUCGACAAGGUGAAGCAGGUGCACCAGCUCUGAAAUGGAUCAAAUGCACGGGACGCCUUGGGGUCCCCAGGAAGAGGUUUGAGGACCGUAGCCCAACACCUCCGGCUCUGCACAGCCCAUUUCUCUUUGUUAAAGGGGUUCCCCUAAUUGGUCAAAUGGCCAGUCACAUCAGAUCUGUCUGCAACUGAUCUUUUCCGGAGCAGAUCUGAUAGGUCAAAAUAACAGUAAAUACAAAAUAGUAUCUGAACUGGGCAUCUUGUGUAAUGGUCAACAGUGUAUUAAAUAGCCCCCAGGGGCCUUGUCAUGCCUGCCACGCCAUCCAGUCUGCUUGCUGUAAUAUUUGCUUUCAUCAAAACGUCGAGAUCCAUCCCAUCAAUUGGCUUGUAACCUUGGUGACCAGGUCACAACUAUACCAACUUCAGUUGAACUAGAGUCAAACCAAACCACCACCAUUUCAAACAACAGUUACCAAAAAAAAAUCAUUGAUAAGCAAGGACAGUGGACUCUCGCAACACAAACACUCUUGUGGCAGAAGAACAUGCUAUCUGGGUUUAAAGAAAAAAUAAGAAAAGACAAGAAAAAACUACCUGUAUAACAAUACUACUACUACUUGAAUGCCUCUGUUUGUGACUGAAAUUUGUAUUUUCAUUUUUGAAAUGUUUUUUUGUUCUGUGAAGGUAUGCUUAAUGUGCGCCCUGUAAAUACUUCCCCUUGUGUGCCCUGAGGAAUAGUUCCCUGGUACUGUCAUUUGCAUUAAAUAAAGAGUAGGAUAGCCUGGAAAUGAA